GCAAUAUACCAAAGAGCAUUAACAGUUGCAUUCUCAGCGAUACUGGCCUCUCUGAACCUGUUUCAAUCCUGCGUCGAGGCAAAAGGAAGACGCGACUGUUGGAAGCUAUGGGACUGCAGUUGAGAGACAUCCAGGUGCUGUGUCUGGUACUGAUGGUUGUGAUUGAACCGUUUCUUCGCUGUGCUGCUGCUGCUGCUGCUGCUGCGGUUGAUGGCAUGGUCCCCCGAACGAGAAUGGCCACGCCUGCAGCCGACGACGAUCCCUUGGUGACACUCACGAACUGCUUUCCCACCGUUGUACUCAAUCCUUCCAACAUACCAUACACCUGCGAAGUUAAAAAUGACCAAACACUGAUUGGCUUGAACCUCUCCGCAUCGUACUACAACCCAACAGGUCUCAAUCCUGGAUGGCCGGCGACUCUUGAUACGAAAACCAAUACCAUUACAUUCAUGCCUAUUUUGGGGGCGCCUUCGGGACGUUGGGACUUGGCCAUAACACGCAUUUCUGUUGAUGGAAACUCUUACACUCCUCUGACGAACAAUAAGAGCAUGGACUUCAUGCGCAUCGGUGCGACC